CAAUGGACCGCUCUCGCGAGUUCAGAGAGUGCGUGAAGGCCAGACAGGGAGCAGUAGCAAGCAAGGGGAAGCAAAAGGCAGAGGUCGAAGAUGUUUGGACUCGAGAAGCCACUCGCAUCGCUGCACAGCUCAAAGAUCUCAUUGCCUUUCUUGCCGGCAUCAGACGUGCCUAUUUAGACCUGUCACAGUCGCACUCGGCCGUUGCGAGCAGCUCAACGAGCCGCUCCUUCGAUCCCAAGCGACCGAACGCUACCUGGGACAGCGUCAAGCAUCUCUCUGACCGAGAGCGGGACGAGAUAGACUACCAAACACAGCUCAGCCUGAAGACUUGCCGCGAGCAGAUCAGGGAGCUCGAGAAUGCAGAAGCGCUGAGGAAGACGAAUGAAAGCAAGCAAGGAAUGCCUGGCUGGCGAGCGAAAGGCGCCACGCAAGCCAAAGAACAGUUGGCUGCGCACCGCGCGGCCAUCACGCUCUUUCUUAACAAACGCCUCACUCAUGUCUCGACCCUGCAGAAGAAUCAGCAGGAAGCGCGCAUCAAGCGCUCACUUGAGCGCUCUGCGGCUUCUGGUCUUGGUCUCUCACCUGCCGGAUUGGCAGUCUUAGGCGAGAAGAUGGCCUCUCAAUCGCAAUCCGACUGGCGAGCUGGCAAACAACGCGAUGCCGCGCCCGCCCCGGUGUUGUCUAGCGAUGCCAACGGCGUCCCUGCAAUGUACGCGCCAGUCAAAUCAGGCACUGUUCAAGGCUUGCUAGAGGAGGAAGACGAGGAGGAAGACAUCGAUCAGCUGCUCACGCAAGAGCAAAUCCAGCUUUUCGAAUCCGAGGCAUCCAACAUGUUGCGAGCAACUCAGGAUCAGCUAGCCUCGCUGCGACAUGCCGAGUCCUCGCUGCUCGAGAUAUCUGCACUACAAUCCGAACUCGUCGUCCAUCUGACCCAGCAGUCCGAGCUGACAGACCGACUGUACGAAGAUGCCAUCAUCGUCUCUGAUCGUGUCGAGCAAGGCAACAAACAGCUCCAAAAAGCCAAGGAGCGUAAUAGAGAGUCCCGCAUAUGGCUACUCAUCUUUCUGCUGGGCGCCAGUCUAACGUUGUUGUUCCUAGACUCGUUCUAGCUCUGAAAAUCAGUUGACAUGUUGACAUACGUCAGCGCGUCAAAUUCGUGGAACAGCGAAAUGUUCUGCGGCGCAGCGGGGUCACACCGGUCUCUGCCCUAGAAAAUGACCUACAACCUGUCCCGAUGUCUGCUCUCGAGUCGAAGCCGAGCCUAGACGAUAGCUAUAUGCUCCCAGCGUCCGAAAGCGAGGCGAGUACGUCCAUACAGAUCGAGCCGACCUCAGCCGAGCCGCAAAAGCUACCUAUUCGAAGCUCAUUCGAGUACGGUGAGGAAGUGGCGGAAGAUGAGGGUCUGCUGUCGGGCAAAGGGAUGCCUCCUUGGCUCGCUGGCCAGAAGCGCGCACGUCUGCCAUCCGUUGCAGUCAUCGCAAGCGCAAUCCUGGGAGCCAUUUUGCUGCUUUUGCUCAUCCUCGCCCUUAC